AUGUCUGACGCUUCUGAUGAAAUCCAAGUCGACGCCGCCCCCGAGGUCGAGGCCCCCACUGAGGCUCCUAAGGGCAAGCUCUCUGUUGAGGAUGCGCUUCAGCAAGUUCUGAAAAACGCCCUCGUUCACGACGGUCUCGCUCGCGGUCUCCGUGAGUGCGCCAAGGCCCUUGACAAGCGCCAGGCGCACUUGUGCGUGCUUGUCGAGACCUGCACGGAGGCAGAGUACAUCAAGCUCAUUGAGGCGCUCUGUGCCGAGCACAAGAUCAACCUCAUCAAGGUUGGAGACGCGAAGGUGCUUGGUACCUGGGCCGGUCUUUGCAAGAUCGACCGUGAGGGCAACCCCCGUAAGGUCGUCGGCUGCUCGUGCGUCGUCGUUAAGGACUAUGGUGUUGAGUCAGAGGGCCUCCACGUCCUCCUCGACUACUUCAAGAACCGUUAA